AAGAGCAAGAAGAUAGAAGAUCACUCACCCAGUCACCCAACGACCCGGUGCACCCAAGAGCAAGAUAAAGAAAAAAGCAUACAAAAAACAAAAAUCCAGCCGCCAAGAGCCAAGCGAAGCGAAAGUGCAAAAACUCAAAUGCCGGAUAUAAAUUAAUAAUUUAUACAGAGUUUAUAUACAGUAUAUACAUAGAUAAAUAAUAUGGUAUUUGUACAGGCAGAGUCAGAGCUCAAAAGCAAGACCAAACAGCAAGCAACUCUAACUCAACUCAACCCAACCAGCUGAGCUGAACUAUUAUAGCUAAUAGCAACCAAGAACACAACCGCUAACAAUCACAUUUAUUUAAUGCACACAGUCUUGUGGAUUUGGUGUCCAUUUUUUGAUAGUGAAAUCUAAAUUUCUUUAAACAGUAUGGAGAAACAGGAAGACACAAAAAGCGAAGUAUCUAAUAUAAAAUGCGAAACCGAAUUAGAGGACAAUGGUGUGAACAAUACCGAAUUUCCAGUUACCAUAAAAAAUGAAUUAAAACAAGAAAUGCUUCUAUCUGAUGAUGAUACAACUAAUGAAGAUUCCAAGAAUUGGUUCAUCCAAAUGAAUACAGCAGUAACCAUUGAAAAUGUAAAACAUGAACAAAUUGAAGAUGAUAGUGACUUGGUCAACUGUAAAAAUUUCAAGUCUGAACCAAAUAUUAAGAAAGAGGAAAACAUAAUUGAAGAAAAGCAGAGUCAAUGUGGUUCCUCUGAAGAUAAACACGAUGAUGCUAACAGUGAUUUGAACCCGAACAAACGCUUCGUAGGAGAGGACACAAAAACUGUUGAUAAUUCAUUCACUUGUGAAAUUUGCUUCAAACAGUAUUCAUUAGAGCGUAAUUUAAAAAGACAUAUGAAGUCGCAUAAGGGUGAAAACAAACUACAUGACGAUGAAGAGAAACCUUUUGAUUGUGAAGUUUGUUUCAAACGUUUUAAAACUGAUGUUGAAGUAAAAUCGCAUAUAAGGACUCAUACUGGAAAAAAAUUUAAGUGUGAACUUUGCCCCAAAGAGUAUCUUUCCAAUUCUUCUUUAAAAUUACAUACGAGAUGGCACACCGGAGAAACUUUUUUGUGUAAAAUAUGUUCUAAACAAUUUGUAAGAAUUUCUCAAUUCAAAGCGCAUAUGAUAACGCACAGUGAAGGGAGUAAAGAAACACGUUUCACAUGUGUGAUUUGUUCCGAAACAUUUUCAACCAACUAUAAUUUAAGACGACAUUCAAGAUGGCACACUGGAGAUACUUACACGUGUGAGAUUUGCUCCGAAACAUUUUCAACCAACUUUAAUUUACGACGACAUUCAAGAUGGCACACUGGCGAAACUUACACGUGCGAGAUUUGCUCCAAACAGUUCGUUGACAGCCAUUAUUUCAACGUACAUUUGAGAUUGCAUACGGGCGCAAAACCUUUUCAGUGUGAAAUUUGUUCAAAACAUUUUUCACUUAAGUCCGCGUUGAAAGUACAUAUGAGAACACAUACCGAAGAAAAACCCUGCAUAUGUGACGUUUGUUUCAAAGGAUUUUCCAACAAUUAUUCAUUAAAAAUACAUAUGAGGGUGCAUACGAAUGAACUUUUUCCUUGUGAAGUAUGUCCUAAACAAUUUUUAACAGAAAACAAAUUAAAAGUACAUAUGAGUAGGCAUACAGGAGACAGGCCUUUCCCCUGUGAAAUUUGUCCCAAAUGGUUUGCAUUGAAAUGUGAGUUAACUUCACACAUGAAAUGGCACACUAGAGACGUUCUUUUCACAUGCGAAGUUUGCAGUAAACAAUUUGUUACCAAGACGGUCUUAAACACCCAUAUGAAAAUGCACACUAGGGGAGAACCAUUCUCCUGUGAAAGUUGCUGCAAACAGUUUGUUACCAAAAGAUCAUUAACUAAUCAUAUGAGAACUCAUUCGGGGGAAAAACCAUUCUCCUGUGAGAUUUGCUGCAAACAGUUUGUUACCAAAAUAUCAUUAACUAAUCAUAUGAGAAUUCAUACUAGGGAAAACCCAAUUCAAAUGUGAAGUUUGUUUCAAGGAAUUCGCACAAAGUUCUGUUACAAAUACAUAAUAUGGCUGAUCAUACAUGGUGUGACCAACUCCAAUUCAGUUGAAUUCGGGACAAGACUGAAAAAAAAUACUUGAAAUCCCGGACUUUUCAAUGAAAAUCGGGCCAUUUUUUAUUUUUUAAAUAUAGAGCUUAAAUAUCAUCAUUUUAUUGAUUAUUUAACAUUUUUAUGUUGACAAUGAUAUUUUUAAUGGGAUUAAGCAACAAUUGGUUAUAAUAAUAAUCUUUUGACUCAGUCGUUCUCAAAAAAGGAAAAAUUAGAAAAUAAAGUAAUGUUGGAUUUCCAUGUAAAUAUACCCUUAGGUUAAUAUAAAAGUGUAAUUAUCAUUACAACCAAUUGUGGCUUAACAUCAUCAAAAAUAUAAUUGCCAAACAGGCCACAAGAAAACAGCUUCAAAACAUUUAAAUCAGUCAAAAUAUGAUGUAUUCUUGCAAUGUAAUCCUUUACAUUGCUUAUUUUUAAAAAAUAUAAUUAUUGUCGAUUUUUUUUCGUUCCAAACAAUUUAAUUUGAUGUGUAUUCUUAAAACAAUAACGAAAAAAAUAGAAUUUUACCAAAAAGUUGAAAAUUCGGAUGGCCCGGAAGCCUUUUCCGGAACGGCGGGACACGACUUUGUAAUUCGGGCCAUGUCCCGGAUUUUUCGGGCUAGUUGGUCACACUAAUCAUACAGGAAACUAUUUUUUUAAGUAGGAUUUUUUCGCAAUUUUAAUAAUCUUUUAAACAUAUAUAUUCUGUAACUUUUAACAAAUCGAAUAGAAAUGACUAAGUCGAAUCGUAAUUACCCGAAAUCGGAAUGUUUGAUAUCUAUCGCGGCAUUUUCGUGUUUGGAUUGGCAUUCUGUAACUCACAUCGUAAUCAAGGUAAAUCUAAAUCUGUCUCAUCUAUUUGACGUGCUUAGGAGGUGGUGGCAACCCGCAUUGACUAGCGAAAUUAGUGUUCUGUGACCCGUUUGUUAUUGGAUCUUAACUUGAAAUAUGACACUGUUCCUAUUCGCGAGCUCAAGCGAGGUUGCUGCCGCUUAUUUGGAAAUAGAGGAAUUAGGAUGAAAAUAUAAACAAAGCAUUCGUUAACAUAUGUAUCAACGUCGUUUGAAAGCUUGUCGGAUGUGUUUUAAUGAAUAAUUUAUUUAUAUUAAUUAAUUACGUCAAUAACAAUAUUAAUUAUACCAAAAUAUGUUAUCCCAAUUACAUCGGCCAUUUUCAUGCAACUGCACUGUCACCUAUAGUCGAUUGAGUUCGCAAAAUCCUCCAUUUUUCAUACUUUCACAUUGCCUAUAUAAAGUUUCAUUUAAGAAAUACAGUAAAACCUGCCAUAUCCGGAUCAAUGUGGCGACAGACCGAUCCGGAUAUGAAAAAAUCCGGAUAUCAAGACCACUACUUCUUUUACAGUCUCUGAAAUGUUUUCUCCUUCAUACAUUCCAGUAAUCAACGCCGUCAAUAACGUUCGUCAAUAGACACGUUUUAUAGAUUCUAUAAUACAUUAUUUCGCCUUCUUUUAGUUCUUCUUUUAGUGCGUUGUCCAACAGCAGGACUGCCGUUCUCGGUAGAUUUCGGUAGAUCUGGACGGUGCAGAACCGUCCGGAUAUGGGGAGGUCCGGAUAUGGCAGGUUGUACUGUAGUUUUGAAACACCAUAAAAGAAAAGUUUUGAAUAGUAAAUAAUAAAGUAUUUGUGUACAUACUGGAUACAAUAAACUCAAAAGAGGAUAAAUGGUUUUGAAUCAAAGUUAAUUAAAAUUGUUAUAAAAAAGAAGAUAAAAGCUGAUAAAUAAGAAAGAUAAAUGAAGAUAAGAUGUAUAAGUGUAUUUAAAUCAAAGACAAUUUAGACUGAUGUUAUUAAUUAUUAUUAUUAAAAAAUUAAUUAAAAUCGGUAUUACUAAUAAUAUAAAUGUUAAGAUUUGAUUCCAGCUAAAAUACCUAAUUGCUAAACAACUUUUCCCAAAAAUGGUCUCUUUUAUACAAAAUAAAUAUACAAGUAUACUGGUAUAAUAUAUUUAUCAAUCAACGCUAUAAGUCUUUCUUUAUAUUUUAAACGUUCUUAUACAAUCUCAUUCUUGUACAUUAUAGGAUUGACAUUGUACAAGAAAUAAACAAAAAAGUAUGGCAACACUGUGACUGGCAAACAUCCAGAUGCCAAAUAGAAAUAAAUUAAGGUUAGGUUCAAUGCACACGCGGUUCGGCAUAAUCCUACAACAUGUCUAAAUUAAAUGUACAAUUCUCUAAAUAAAUAACACCAGAGAUUAAAAAAUUAAGCAGUUACAAAAAGGUAUAAAUACUAUAAAUAAGUAGUAAUAAAUUAUUUCUAGUAGAUAUAAAAUAUAAACGUCAAAACAAAAUAAAAUGCGCCUGCGUCAAGCACAAUUCCGAUAUCGAAAACCCAUUUCGACAGGGUAAAUGCUGUCGAAGUAAUUUCUAUUCACUAUUCCGAUUGUCGACAUUCCGAAGUAGUUGUGGAAUACUGAUUUGGACUAUUUCUAUUCGACUUAGCCACUUCCAUUCGAUUUUCCUUACUUCUAUCAUCGGAAUGAGUUACAGAAUAGGCAUGAUUAUAUAAAAAUAAUCGUAAACAGUGGAGUAUGCUUUUUCUCAUGAGGAUCUUUCAGUGCGUCACAGUUUUUCGAUUUCUUUCUAACGCAUUGAAUUGUAGGUGACAGAAUAGAUGGCGCUAUAAUCGAAAAUAUAAUAAUUUGCGAAUUAUACAGGUUGUCCCGAAAAGAUUGGUCAUAAAUUAUACAACAAAUUCUGAGGUCAAAAAUAGGUUGAUUCAACCUCACUUAUCUAUAUACAAUAAUGCACCCAAAAAAAGUUACAGCCCUUUGAAGUUACAAAAUGAAAAUCGAUAUUUUUUCAUAUAUCGAAAACUCUUAGAGAUUUUUUAUUGAAAAUGGACAUGUGGCAUUAUUAUGGCAGCAGAAUCUUGAAAAAAAAUUAAAGUGAAAUUUGAGCACCCCAUAAAAAUUUUAUGGGGGUCUUGUUCCCUUAAACCCCCCCAAACUUGUGUGUACGUUCCAAUUAAAUUAUUAUUAUGGCACCUUUAGUUAAACACAAUGUUUUUAAAACUUUUUUGCCUCUCAGUAAUUUUUCGAUAAGCCAGUGUUUAUCGAGAUAUUUUGAAUAUUUGUCAAAUCCACCACAUAUUUGUAUAUGGUCAAGUACGAUUAUAAAGACCUAUUGAUAAUCUGAAAAUUUAUUUAUAAUUUACAUUUUUAGGUAUAUUUUGAAAAAGAAGCCACAUCUCGAUAAAAGGUGACUUAUCAAAAAAAGACUAAGAGGCAAAAAAGUUUUAAAAACACUGUGUUUAACUAAUGGUAUCACAACAAUAGUUUAAUUGGAACGUACACAAACAUUUGGGGGGUUUAAAGGAACAAAACCCCCAUACAAUUUUUAUGUAAAUAUAUUAAAAAAGAAGCCGCGUCUCGAUAACAACUGACUUAUCGAAAAAAUACUAAGAGGCAAAAAAGUUUUAGAAAUGUUGUGUUUAACUAAUGGUACCACAAUAAUGAAUUAAUUGGAACGUAGACAAAAGUUUGGGGGGGUAUAAGGGAACAAAACCCCCAUAAAAUUUUUAUGGUGUGGACAAAUCUCACUAUAAUUUUGUUUUAAGAUGUUUUUGCUAUAAGAAUGAUACAUGACCAUUGUCAAUAAAAAAUCUCUAGUAGUUUUCGAUAUAUUGAAAAAAAUCGAUUUUCAUUUUCUAAUUUCAAAGGGAUGUAACUUUUUUUAUGAACACAUUUGUACUAAGGUAAGUUAGGUUCAAUCGAACUCUUUUUGACUCCAGAAUGUGUGGUAUAAUUUAUGACCAAUCUUUUCGGGACACCCUGUAUAAUAUAUCUACGAAUAUAAUCUGAACAAUUUAUAGAACUAUACAAAUCAAAUAAAAUACCAUUUUAUAAAUGCAAUAAACACAAUUGAUUUGUUUUUAUACCAAAUUGCAAAUAAAAUGUGACAACUGUCAGAUUUAAUUAAAAUGUCAUGUCACUAAAAUGUAUAUUAUCACGGACUUACCUUUUUUUCUACCAUUUGUGACGCACUGAAAAAUGCUCAUAAAAAGAAGCAUAUAAAGCACACACAUGCAUUGCGCAUUAGAGAAAACGAUCCACCCACAAAUAUUUAGGAUUUAAUACAACUGCAUAUGGAGAUUUUCCUACCAGAGUCUUCAUUUUGUGUGCUCAUCGUGUUGGAAAUAUUCCUCUUGGUCUUCGUUCCUUUGCGUUUUCGUCUGCUAUAAAUAGUUCCAUGGUCGCCGUUGUUCUGGCAGUGUGUAAGAAGUGAUUUAUGUAGGAUCGGUUUAUUCUUUUCCGUAGCUUUUCUUUUGUGUGAAGUGAAACCUCUACCGGGUGGUGAAUUGGAAAGCGGGCCAUAGGAAACUCAAUGUAAAAUUCUAAACUGUUGAAUUCUUCCUUCCCUAAUUAUUUUACAUCAAAAGUCAUAAGAAACUAUUUGUAGAGAAUUGAAAUCUGUAUUGAAAACAACUGUUAAUAUUGUUCUACGAACAAUAAUUAUUCAAAAUUUUGUAAAAAUAUAAUACAUUUUUCAGAGUAAUACGCCAAAGUUAGGCCACACGCAAUACCAUAAUGUGUAUAAGGUUGCAUUUGUUGACAAUAAAUUUAUUAUAUUAACAAUUUGAACUGUCAAUUUUUUUAUUUAUUUUAUCACUUACUGUUUAAAACACAAUAAAGUUGAUAAGAUACCUUUAGUUAAGAAGUAUUAAUAAUAAAGAUAUCUUCUUCAGUCAAUAAUGUGCUCACUGUCAGUUAAAUAGUAACGUGUGGCCUAACAUGCCCACACAUACCUACUGCGGUAAAUACAUUAUACUUUUUCAAAAUUUUGGAAUGUGUUUAAAUCGUAGAACAAUUGUAACUUCUGUUUCUAAUACAGAUUUCAAUCCUCUACAAAUAACUUCUCAUGACUUUUGAUGUAACUUAAUUAGGGAAGCAGAAAUUCAACAGUUUAGAAUUUUACAUUGAGUAUCCUAUGGCCCGUUUUCCGAUUCACCACCCUGUAUACUCUGGGUAUAGAGAUUUUGACGAAAAGAACUGACAAAAUAGGGGGGAAAAUAAAUAAGAACAGAUUUAAGAUGGACAGAGAGACACUAAAUCUCAAGUGAGUAUUCGGCCUAGCUUCAAUACACCAAAUAUUGGCUUUAGAGAUAUAAAAGGAAAGAUUUGAUAAUGAAAUGAUAGUAACUAGGAAGAAAAUGAGACCUGUUAAUACAAAACUUAAUACAACUAGGUAAGACCACUGGAGAGAGAUCGAGAUAAAAGGGACGAUAAAGAGAGAAGAAAAUUGGCGCCAACUCGGACAGCUCAACUUCUGGGGCACAAUAUUUAAAAGCUCACUCUACUUAGCUGUAGCAAAAAAAGAAAAAACUAAGUUUUUGGCCCAGAAUUUGAACAGCUCGAGAUUUUUUUAAGUAACGAACAACAGGAACUAAAUGACACUGGUUACGACCACCUGAAAUACAAAAUACUAAAUACUAACCUUGUCUUGCUAUGUUAUAUACUGGUAAUACAGACUAAAAUAAAACACCAACCUUAAUACUUACAAAUAUAUUAAUAAUAAAUACGUUAUAUAUAUAUAUAUAUAUAUAUAUAUAUAUAUAUAUAUAUAUAUAUAUAUAUAUAUA